AGUAAAAUGGAAAAGUAGCAAUUGACUCAAUGACUUAGCUUAUCUGACAGUACAUAAGUUAAGUAUUGCCUGGCAGAUCGACCAGUAUAAAUAAUUUCGUCUUCUCUGAGCCAACUCUCGUGUUGUCGCUGUCGUCGUCGCUGCCGCCCAUUGUUUUGUGCUCAUUUAUACUCUUUUAUUUUAUUACGUCAGUAGUGUUUACAAACAUGGCAGAUAUCGAAGAAACAAAAAAUUGGAUUUUAAAUACUGUUUGGCCGGAAAUAUUAAAAGGUGGAAAGCUCAACAAAUGUUCGAAAAAUUCGGAAAAAUUGAGUGAAAACAAUGAAUUUACGGUGCUGGAUGUUAUUAUUAAUCCCAUUAGCAUAGAGGAAGCAUUUAUGCUUACAAGUUGCUAUCGAGUUAGAAUAGACUACACAUGCAAUGGAGAGACAAAAUCUCUCUCGCUGGUGGCUAAGCGAACUCCCAUAGAUAUAACACCUGAAAACUAUGAAGCAGUAAAUUUCGAUAGUUUAUUUCAAAACGAAGUCGUAGCUUACAAUGAAAUAAUUCCUACAUUGAUGAACCUAUCUGAGCCAAAUAAAAGUGAAAUCAGUUUACCUACAUAUUUCUAUUCAAACAUAACCGAAACUGAAGCUUCAAUUGUGCUUGGUGAUUUCAAGGAAGAUGGUUUUCAACUUUCUCCAACUCGAUUUAAUCUAUCAUUGGAACAUAUUUUACGAGGAGUGGAGCAUAUUGGAUUUUUCCAUGGAUUAUGUUACGCCCUUAAGGAACUCAAUAAGAAAAAAUUUGAUCAUAUUGUUUCAUUGGCAAAGGAAUCUCGUUAUGUGAAACCACCUCCAGAAACAUGGGAUGCCCUUGGUCCAAUAACAAUUGAACGAUUAACACAAGCUACAGACAAAUUUUAUCCAGAAUUCCCAAAAGAUUUCCAAGAUAAACUCAAACAGCUUUUAACUAGUAACUAUGAGUAUAGUAAGAAACGGGUGCAGCCAAUUGAACCAUACGCUACACUAUGCCAUGGUGAUUAUCUCAGAAACAAUAUUGCAUUCGCUUAUGAAGAUUAUGAGAAUCCAACUGUUCCGAAAAAAGCAAUGAUGUUCGAUUUCCAAACACUCAGAUACUCCUCGCCAAUGGUCGAUCUAACAACCUUCUUAAAUAUUUCAGCUGGAAAGGAUGUCAGAGUACCACACUUUGAUGAAAUUUUUGAUACUUAUCACAAAAAACUUAUUUUGACUUUUGAAGAGCAGACGAGAAAAGAGAUUCCAGAGUUUAUGUCAAAGCCGAAUAUGUUAAAAGAAUAUGUGCGUUAUCUACCUUACAGUCUUAGCAUUGCUUCAUUCUUCCUUCCAAACAUGCACGAACCAAAUAAUCUGUUUGCCACAAUGUUGGGGGACUUUGAUUUAGAAAAACUUAGAGCAGGUUUAAUGGCUCUUGGUGGAGAUUCAGCUGAUAUGGAAAUUGCAUCUUUACAAAAAGAACUGUAUGAAUUUGCUGUCAAAGAAAAUAUUAAUAUAUUUGAAUAGAUUCAAUUUUAUAUUUGAAUAGUGUAAUUAUUGUGAAAAUUUUUUUAUGUUGUAUUGAAAUAAAUGAUUUUUUGUUUGGUCGAAA